ACACCACAUCACAACCACGACGGGUUGUCCGCAGCUCGCAGCCACCCCAAAGGGAGGAAUAAAGAACAGGAGCAGAGGGAAGCCGGGCGCAGAAAGAAGGGAAAAGGAAGAGCUCAGGGUUGGACAUUUUUGGAGACAGGGGUGGGGAGGAUAAAGGGAGCGUGCCUCCUUGAUUUUCCCCUCCCCACCCCUCUUUGCUUUUCUCUCCCCUUCUCUGUAUAGCAUAUUCCAGAAACGGCAGCAGAAGGGGACAGAAACCUCUAGUGUAGAAAAGGGUUUUGGAGGGGUAGCCAGCGCUCCCGCCAGCCGCUACCUAACAGCUGGAGCUUGAGUGUGCGUGUAAGAGUGUGAAUGCGGCUCUCUCUCUUUUUUUUUCUCUCUCUCUCCCCUCUCUCUCCAUCCCUUCCUUCCUCCCUCCUUCUCCCUCUCCUUCACACUACAGUGUCAGCUACCCCUGUCAGUUUCCCCGUGUCAGUUUCUUCCCUAGCUCUUAUUGUGUGUGACUGGCUGCGUGAAGGGAGUGGGUGCGCUUGAAGGGGCUCAGGUUGGGUUAGAGAGCUGGGAGAACAGGGUAGGGACAUUGGUAGAGCAAAGAGUUUCAGGGCACUGGCGAAGGUGAAAGGUGAGGAGGGCCGAUCUGUUACAGGCAAGUUUGGCAAUAACUGAGCAUCCAAAGGGGAAGCCAAGGUAGGAGCCAGUACUUGCGCUCGUCUUUACACCCCGCCCCUUUCCCUGUGCUCAUCCGCCCACCCACCCAUCAGCCUAGAGGCCCCGGGCUGUCCCAGUCUGCUGCUGUUUCGCGCCGCAAAAGAGGAGUCCGGCAAGGCGCCGCACCACGCAUCCUGGCCGGUGGACAUCCAGACGACACAGAUCUGAUCCGAAGAAACCACUUGGCUCAGGAUUUCUGCAUUGCUAUGAACCAUGGCCCAACUGUACUACAAAAAGGUCAACUACUCACCGUACAGAGACCGCAUCCCCCUGCAAAUUGUGAGGGCUGAGACAGAGCUCUCUGCAGAGGAGAAGGCCUUCCUCAAUGCUGUGGAAAAGGGGGACUAUGCCACUGUGAAGCAGGCCCUUCAGGAGGCUGAGAUCUACUAUAAUGUUAACAUCAACUGCAUGGACCCCUUGGGCCGGAGUGCCCUGCUCAUUGCCAUUGAGAACGAGAACCUGGAGAUCAUGGAGCUACUGCUGAACCACAGCGUGUAUGUGGGUGAUGCAUUGCUGUAUGCCAUACGCAAGGAAGUGGUGGGCGCUGUGGAGCUUCUGCUCAGCUACAGGCGGCCCAGCGGAGAGAAGCAGGUCCCCACUCUGAUGAUGGACACGCAGUUCUCUGAAUUCACACCGGACAUCACUCCCAUCAUGCUGGCUGCCCACACCAACAACUACGAAAUCAUCAAAUUGCUUGUCCAAAAACGGGUCACUAUCCCACGGCCCCACCAGAUCCGCUGCAACUGUGUGGAGUGUGUGUCUAGUUCAGAGGUAGACAGCCUGCGCCACUCUCGCUCCCGACUGAACAUCUAUAAGGCUCUGGCAAGCCCCUCACUCAUUGCCUUAUCAAGUGAGGACCCCAUCCUAACUGCCUUCCGUCUGGGCUGGGAGCUCAAGGAGCUCAGCAAGGUGGAGAAUGAGUUCAAGGCCGAGUAUGAGGAGCUCUCUCAGCAGUGCAAGCUCUUUGCCAAAGACCUGCUGGACCAAGCUCGGAGCUCCAGGGAACUGGAGAUCAUCCUCAACCAUCGAGAUGACCACAGUGAAGAGCUUGACCCUCAGAAGUACCAUGACCUGGCCAAGUUGAAGGUGGCAAUCAAAUACCACCAGAAAGAGUUUGUUGCUCAGCCCAACUGCCAACAGUUGCUUGCCACCCUGUGGUAUGACGGCUUCCCUGGAUGGCGGCGGAAACACUGGGUAGUCAAGCUUCUAACCUGCAUGACCAUUGGGUUCCUGUUUCCCAUGCUGUCUAUAGCCUACCUGAUCUCACCCAGGAGCAACCUUGGGCUGUUCAUCAAGAAACCCUUUAUCAAGUUUAUCUGCCACACAGCAUCCUAUUUGACCUUCCUCUUUAUGCUUCUCCUGGCUUCUCAGCACAUUGUCAGGACAGACCUUCAUGUACAGGGGCCUCCCCCAACUGUCGUGGAAUGGAUGAUAUUGCCUUGGGUUCUAGGUUUCAUUUGGGGUGAGAUUAAAGAAAUGUGGGAUGGUGGAUUUACUGAAUACAUCCAUGACUGGUGGAACCUGAUGGAUUUUGCAAUGAACUCCCUCUACCUGGCAACUAUUUCCCUGAAGAUUGUGGCCUAUGUCAAGUAUAAUGGUUCUCGUCCAAGGGAGGAAUGGGAAAUGUGGCACCCGACUCUGAUUGCGGAAGCACUCUUCGCAAUAUCCAACAUUUUAAGUUCGUUGCGUCUCAUAUCCCUGUUCACAGCCAACUCCCACUUAGGACCUCUGCAGAUCUCUUUGGGACGCAUGCUGCUUGAUAUCCUCAAAUUCCUCUUUAUCUACUGCCUGGUACUACUAGCUUUUGCCAAUGGACUGAACCAGCUUUACUUCUAUUAUGAAACCAGAGCUAUCGAUGAGCCUAACAACUGCAAGGGGAUCCGAUGUGAGAAACAGAACAAUGCCUUCUCCACGCUCUUUGAGACUCUUCAGUCACUCUUCUGGUCUGUGUUUGGCCUUUUAAAUCUAUAUGUCACCAAUGUGAAAGCCAGACACGAAUUCACCGAGUUUGUAGGAGCUACCAUGUUUGGAACAUACAACGUCAUCUCCCUGGUAGUGCUGCUGAACAUGCUGAUUGCUAUGAUGAACAACUCCUAUCAGCUUAUUGCCGAUCAUGCUGAUAUCGAGUGGAAGUUUGCAAGGACGAAGCUCUGGAUGAGUUACUUUGAUGAAGGUGGCACCUUGCCACCUCCUUUCAACAUCAUCCCCAGCCCAAAGUCAUUUCUAUACCUUGGUAACUGGUUCAACAACACCUUCUGCCCCAAAAGAGACCCUGACGGUAGACGGAGAAGGCGCAACUUGAGAAGCUUCACAGAACGCAAUGCUGACAGCCUGAUACAAAAUCAACAUUAUCAGGAAGUUAUCAGGAAUUUAGUCAAAAGAUAUGUGGCUGCUAUGAUAAGAAAUUCCAAAACACAUGAGGGACUUACAGAAGAAAAUUUUAAGGAAUUAAAGCAAGACAUCUCCAGCUUUCGGUAUGAAGUGCUUGACCUCUUGGGAAAUAGAAAACAUCCAAGGAGAAGCUUUUCCACUAGCAGCACUGAACUGUCUCAGAGAGACGAUAAUAAUGAUGGCAGUGGUGGGGCUCGGGCCAAAUCCAAGAGUGUCUCUUUUAAUUUAGGCUGCAAGAAAAAGACUUGCCAUGGGCCACCUCUCAUCAGAACCAUGCCAAGGUCCAGUGGUGCCCAAGGAAAGUCAAAAGCUGAGUCAUCAAGCAAACGCUCCUUCAUGGGUCCUUCUCUCAAGAAACUGGGUCUCCUAUUCUCCAAAUUUAAUGGUCAUAUGCCUGAACCCAGUUCAGAGCCAAUGUACACAAUUUCUGAUGGAAUUGUUCAGCAGCACUGUAUGUGGCAGGACAUCAGAUAUUCUCAGAUGGAGAAAGGGAAAGCAGAGGCCUGUUCUCAAAGUGAAAUUAACCUCAGUGAGGUAGAAUUAGGUGAAGUCCAGGGCGCUGCUCAGAGCAGUGAAUGCCCUCUAGCCUGUUCCAGCUCUCUUCACUGUGCAUCCAGCAUCUGCUCCUCAAAUUCUAAACUUUUAGACUCCUCAGAGGAUGUAUUUGAAACUUGGGGAGAGGCUUGUGACUUGCUCAUGCACAAAUGGGGUGAUGGACAGGAAGAACAAGUUACAACUCGCCUCUAAGUCAAGCCCUAAUCAUCUGUUCUGGAACUCAACAGAAAUUUGUAAUUUCCUUGCUCUCAGAGGUGACACAGAAUAUGAUUCCCUCACUGCCCCUGCCCCCGAGAAAGGAGAGUGAAACUCUUAUUUGCACCACCUUUUAUAGCCACAUUCUCCAUUUUUGUUCUUGUUUUAUUAUUACUUUCAUUAUUAUUUGCCUUUUUAAUACCUAUACACACUAAGUCCAUCUUACAACCGACUGAAGGGGUGUUGCACCUAAUCAUCAGAGGUGCAGCUGGGUGCUUAACCUUUUUGCUUUGCUUUUCUCACCCAUGCUUCCUUGAAGCCCCAGGUGCCACUUUGCUGGUCUUGUUGCCGUACAGAUUCCUGACCAUCCUCAGAAUCUCAUGCCAUUUUCCCGCAGAGCUGAGGGAUGUGGUCAGCAGUCCCCACCAGCUAUCAGAUAAGGCAAACUACCCUGCCCAUCUUUGUUGCCAUUCAGUGCUACGCACUGCCCAUGCUGGGUCAAUGAACAGCAUCAAAGGGAGGCUGAAGAGAUUCCAAAGAAUUGUCAGCUUGUGGUUUCUAGGUAUAAGUGGCUUGUUUCGUUCUUAAAAUACUACAACUUCUUAUUGUGGGGGCUACUGAGUUUUCUUGUUUCUUAAAGAUGUGUUUCCUAAUGUGUGCCAAUGAAAUAUUUACCCCAUAGUAUAUGUCGUAUCUAAUAAGUUAGGCGAAUUAUUUUUCUGUGUUUGUGUGUUUCAGUUAACUUACAUUUGAAAAUUUGAUAGUAUCAAAAUUAGUAUUUAGAAUUUGUGCUAUUUUUUAAAAACAUCUACUACACUCUAACCAAUAGUCACUACAUCUCAUACAUUGGCAAGAUAAAUAGUUGUCAUAUUUGUUGGGUCCUAUUCUACUGUUGAUAGUUUUAAUCAUCAUUGCUAUCAAAUAAUUUCUAAGAUAAAAGCCUGAAUUUGAAAUAUUUUUAUCAGAAAAAUGGCAUAUUGCUGAAGUGUCAAAAUAUGAGAAAAGAGCAUCUUCAUUUUAAUUAACUGCUUUAUAAAAAUGGCAACUUUAGGUAUAGAUAACCUAAUUCAGGUUGCAGUUUUAAUAUUCAUUGGGGGCAGUGGAAUUGCAUGUGUAAAUUAUGUUAGAUAUAUAUCAUAACAACCCUAAUGGAUUCAUGGAAUUAUAAACGUGAUCCAAAUUCUACUGUCUUCCAAGAAAGCUACAUUUAUACAUCCAAACAAAUUCUUUUCCACAGCUUAAGAGUACCUCAUCAGAAUACAGUGGUUCAAGUUAAAAAAUAAAGUCCAUAAUGCAUAUGGUCAUCAUUCUAGACCUGAUAACCACUGAGAACCUGCUGAGCAAGGAUGGUUUUUACCAACAUUAGCACAAAGGUUUCCUCAAUUUAGACUCUAACAUAUGACCUGAAACAACUCUAGGUCUGAGUCCUAGAGAUUACAUUAAUAGUGUGUAGCCCAGAAAAGUAAAAUAGGUGUCACCCUGCUUUUUUUAAUGUCAACACCAAUAGGAAUCCAUUUAGAUUAAUGUAUGUGAUUUCUGAUAAAAGUAAGAGAAAUGAGGAACUUUCAAACUGCAAAUAUGCCUCCAAACUAGCUUUUGAUAGUGUGGUUUCUGUUAUUUGAAUGGAUUCCCAUCUCUGUCUCUAGCCUGGAGAAGAGCAAAAUGGAGGGGGAGGGGCCAGAAAUAGGAGGAGGUUUUGAAGAAUAAAGCCUCAGAUCCAGGAAAAAGUGAUCAAGUGUAAAAGCUGCAUCAAGACCCAUUUGGCAAGAGGUUGUCUGAAAAUAAUUCCUUGAUCAUAUCUGAAGUGGUUAUUUACUCAAAUCAAUUUCUCCCCUGCUUCGCUAAGACUGUCAUAAAAUGGCCUUGACAUUUAAUCACAGGUUACUUUCCAGAAAGGUUUCUAAAGUUACAGAUUCGGCUUUCCAAAUUGUCAAAUUCACUUUGAAUAAUAAUAGAACCUGGGCUACAUUCCUAACUCAUAUUAACAGCACCAAAAGAAAUAGCAUAUAACCCCAUUUUAUAAAAACAUGUUUUUCUCAGAAAUGUAUAUCACUUCUGAAAACUUAUGUAUAAGUUUUCUAGCAGUGACCUUAUCAACUUGUCAGAAAACAGGCUAGCCAGACAUGGAACUGUAUUCCAAAAGUCUUCUGUCACUUACGUUCUAAAGAGAUAAUAUGUGUAAAUCAAUCUCUACUAUUGAAAGAACCAGUGUCAUAUGUCACGGGAGUACAUUCCUUUUCAGAUCUUCUCAGGGUUAUCGUUGUGACUUGGGCUUAAGACUUUACUAGCUAUAGUGAAGCCUCAUUUAGGAUAGGGGUUAAAGCUAAACAGCUAUUGCCCUAACUUCCAUGUUAGUGACACCAACAUUUUUAUUAACUCUAAUUCAGUACAAAGUAGGAAAGGAAAAAGAUUUUGUUCACUUCCUUACUCUCUUGAUCAAGUAUCAUAAAAGGUAUUUCAAGUGAAAAUGCUUAGGUAUAUCCUCUGACCCCAGAGGAGUUAUAAGCCAACUUGAGAGUAAAUUUAUAAACAUAAAAAGUUAAGAACUAAAAGAGAACUUUAUAAAGGAUCUACUCUAUUCCAACCUCAUAUUUUACAAAUAGAAAAUAAAGAGGCCCAGAGAAGGACAAUGACUUGCUCAAGGUCACAGAGCUGGUCAAUAAACUCAAGUCUUCUAGAUUAUAGAAGACAUUUAUUAGUAAGCAUAUAUGUUAUAUAUAGAUGUGAAGUGGCCACUAGACACCCUUUUGUUCAUUUGCCAAAAAUGCUGUGAACUCCAAAACUUCAGACUUACAUAUUUAAAUGUGAAGUUAAAAAUGUACUGCAAAGUCAAACACAAAUAAUACAAAAAUCAUUUACUACUUAUCUAAAAUAUCCAUAUCAUGUUCCACCUACAUUACAGUUAGCUUAUCACUUCUGGACACCUUAGAUUCAUUUAUUUGAUCUCAUAAAAUCUCCCUAAUAAUAAAGGUAAAAAUUACAAAGAAAAUAUUUGAAUUAUAUUAGAAAGUGACCAUUGUUGAAAUACCUCCACUUCCCAGCUUUAUGUCCAGUGAAAUACAGAGGAAAGACUCUAAAUUUAAAAUCAUUUUUGGAAAAUGCCAAACAAACUUUACAGGGAUAUAAAUGCUUCAAGUUACGCUUCUGUCUACUGACAUGGAGAUAUUAAAAAAUUCCCUGUUCUGCCUCCAUCAUUUUUCAUUCCACUGUGACCUAACUUAGGCUAUUUCAGCUAAGUCGUAAAUACCUGUCUGCAAUUUGAUUAAAUCAUUUUUAAAAAACGAACACCUCCACUUUUCAAAUGACUUAAUACCUUUUCCAAAAAGAACUUUAUAGUUCUUAUGGCAGUGCAAACCUCAUCUGAAAACUUCAGUGGGAACUUUAGAGAUAAAUAUGAGGCCAUACCUUAGCCUGAAAAUACAAAUAACCAUUGGCAUUCAUGUUACAUCGUGGGUGAAUCUCGUGUGGUGUUUUGACUAAUAGUUUUAGUGCCCCAGACCUUGGUUUGUUAAAUUAUCAGGUAAAAAGUACUUGAAGAUAGGCAGCAAAUCCUUUGUUUAAAAGUACCUUAGAAAAAUUGAGGCUGGGCAUGGUGGCCCAUUCCUGUAAUCCCAGCACUUUGGGAGGCCAAAAUGGGUGGUUCACUUGAGUCCAGGAGUUUGAGAUCAGCCUGGCCAACAUGGUGAAACCCAUCUCUACUAAAAAUACAAAAAUUAGCUGGGCAUGGUGGUACACGCCUGUAGUCCAGCUACUUGAGAGGCUGAGGCAUGAGAAUCACCUGAACCUGGGAGGCAGAGGUUGCAGUGUGCUGAGAUCACACCACUGCACUCAAGCCUGGGCGGCAGAGCGAGACUGUCUCAAAAAUAAAUAAAUAAAGGUACCUAAGAAAAAUUGAGUAUAUUUUCUUGGUAAUCAAGUUUUCAAAAGAUUGCUGAUAUAGACAUAGUCAAUGCAAAUUGAUCCAAGUGUUCAGAUCAUUUAAAUAACCUCUUCAUACCUACUUCACAGCUCUCCCUACCUUCAAUCCCUGCAGCUUUGCCUCAAAACUAAGGAUAUUUUAGAUUGUUUCUUUGGCUUACUUUAUCUAGAUAAUUGCUCCAAAUAUCCACCUUGUUGGUGUAGGACUCGGCAGUGGGAUCUGAGUACCCCAAAUGAAUGUGAGCUUUACUUUAGCAGAGAGAAACAUUGUUACCAUUAUAUUUCCAAUGAACCUUCCAGUAACUUUUUUUCCAACAGAUGUGGGUUUUGGCUUGCUUUGCCUUUUGAGGGAUGUCUGUAAAAGUGAGAACGUGUCUGUGUAUAUACAUAGACACACAUAACAAAACUUAACAGCAUUUGAUGGUUCUGCCCUUGGCCCUUUAUCCCUUUAGGUAAUUACUAGAUCAUUUUGAAGAGAGGGAAGCAAGAAUAACUUCAAUGAGACAUUUCCUGAGCUGUGAGGAAUUGCCAAAAUGAACUGCCAUGACGGCAUCUUCUGUAGCACUUUUAUAUUGAGAGCUAUCAAGAUUUGAGGUUCCUGGUUUUGUUAAAAAAAAAAAAAAAAGCAUUUAGGUCAGAAUAACUUACCUGGAAGACUUAAAUAUACACAUUUUUGGAAAAAUAAAGUAAGUCUGCAUACUUCAGAUU